AUGGAUCCUGAAGCUGUCCAGCUGGAGAAGCAGCAUGUGCACGAUGUGUAUGAGAACACUGCCCCCUACUUCAGUGACCUGCAGAGCAAAGCCUGGCCAAGAGUCCGCCAGUUCCUGCAGGACCAGAAGCCUGGCAGCCUCAUCGCUGACAUUGGUUGUGGAACUGGAAAGUAUCUAAAAGUGAAUAGCCAAGUACAUACCCUGGGCUGUGACUACUGUGGGCCUCUGGUAGAGAUUGCCCGGAAUAGAGGGUGUGAAGUCAUGGUAUGUGACAACCUUAAUCUCCCCUUUAGGGACCAGGGCUUCGAUGCUAUCAUCUCCAUAGGAGUCAUCCAUCAUUUUUCCACGAAACAAAGAAGAAUUAGAGCGAUAAAGGAAAUGGCCAGGGUCUUAGCUCCUGGAGGCCAACUGAUGAUUUACGUUUGGGCAAUGGAACAGAAGAACCGACACUUCGAGAAGCAGGAUGUGCUUGUGCCCUGGAACCGCGCACUCUGUUCCGGGUUGCCUUCGGAAUCCCACCAGUCCUGGGAGCGUCCCAUGAGCCAAGGCUACCAGAGUCCUGGCUCUGCAUGCGGCUGUGCAGUGUGUUUUAAGGGCAGAUGCGAUUCCAAGCGGUCCCACAGCAUGGACUAUGGGCCGGCAGUGGCAAGAACCUGCUGUGAAGAUAUUUCAAAGGAAGACGAGGAAGAGAACGGAUUGUAUAACAAUUUUGGAAAAUCUUUUCGCUCCUGGUUUUUCUCCAGGUCUUUGGAUGAAUCUACCCUGAGGAAGCAAAUUGAAAGAGCCAGACCCAUGAAAAUCACAGAGGGUUGGGCCAACAGCACUGUGUCCCGUCAGCCUUCCAGACAUGCUAGCUUAGACUUCCAUCCCCAGGAGCCAUUUUCAGGGAAAGAACCAAACUUCGAUGAGGUGUUCGUAGACGCAUCUUCUCAAAGAUACGUGGGCUGCCUGGGAGCACCAGGCACUUCAGAGAAUUUCAGUGGACUGGAGGGAGGAGAGGGUAGGAGGGAGGGCAGCGAUUUUCUGGACACCACUGAUGCCAGAGGCAGUGUGUAUGCAGGCCAUACCAGUGAUCCUUCUGCCAGAAAAAUGUUAAGGAGAGUUUCUGCAUUCAAUUCUACAGAUUCCAAACCAGGAGAUCCAAGCUACGCGAAGGAACAGCGGGAUGCUCCAGAUUUCAGGGCCUUCAUGCGCUACUACCACGUAUUCCGGGAAGGUGAGCUGUCUGGACUGCUGCAGGAGAGUGUGUCCGAGCUGCAGGUUCUGAGUGCUGGCAAUGACCAUGGCAACUGGUGCAUCAUAGCAGAGAAAAGAGGGAGCUGGGAAUAAUUGCAUCACUCGGGGCAGAGGCUUCUGAGGUGUGCCCCCCCCUCCCGCCCGUCAUCGGUCCAUUGGGGCUGAUGUGGGCACCCAAAUCAGCAUCCUGUUUCAUUGUUUUCAAAUCCAGGUACGAGAUGGUCCUUGGGCAUUUGGACCUGGUCCUCUGGAUAGUUGAGUAAGCACAGAACCUGGGGCUUACUGCAUACGCCACAGGAUGUGCCUGCUGAAAUGUCAAUAAAAGGAUCUGAGGAAGCAA